AUGGCUGUGGCGGGCCGCGAGGUCGUCGGCUGGGUGUUGCGUAUUGGCGGCAUCAGCGCACUGGUAGCGGCCACAACCACUCUGUUCCUCUAUGACCGGCAGCGUGUGCGGCAGUCAGCGAAAAGAUUGCCGAGGCACAGGUCCGCUGGGACGCCGUUUUUCUCGUUCGAGUACUUCCCGCCCAAGACCGAACAGGGCCUGGUGAACCUGUAUGACCGCAUUGAGCGCAUGUCGAAGCUGGGCCCGCUGUUUGUGGCUGUGACGUGGGGAGCCGGCGGUGGCCACGGCGGAAGCGCACGCUGGAGCUGUGCGGGGCAUGCCAAGGGGGUGUUCGGAAUCGAGACGGUGAUGCACCUGACAUGCACGAACAUGGACAAGGCGAAGCUGGAUUCGGCCCUGGAGUCAGCCAAGGCGGCCAAUGUGCAGAACAUCCUGGCAUUGCGUGGCGACACGCCGCGCGGCUCCGAGUACUGGACGGCGUGCGACGGCGGCUUCAGCCAUGCGGCGGACCUGGUCAGAUAUGUGCGGCAGAAAUACGGCGACUACUUCUGCAUUGGCGUGGCCGGCUACCCCGAGGGCCACAUUGAGAAUCCCGACAAGGACCGGGACUUUGAGUUCCUGGUGGAGAAGGUGCAGGCGGGGGCCGAUUUCAUCGUGUCGCAGCUGGUGUAUGACCCCGAGACGUUCAUCAAGUGGGAGCAGAAAUGCCGCAGCGCCGGCAUUGCGGUGCCAAUUCUGCCGGGGUCGUUCCGGCGGCUGCUGCACCUGACCAAGGUCAGUGUGCCGGAGCCGCUGGGAACCAGCCUCGAGGAGGUGCGCGCCAACGACCAGGCGGUCAAGGAGUUGGGGGUGGAGCAUGCGGCGAGCACGAUCCGGGCGCUGCAGAAGGCGGGGGUAUGGGGCGUACAUGUGACGACGCUCAACCUCGAGAGCUCGGUGCAGCGCCCGCGGCUCUGGGACGACUUCCCGAACGGGCGGUGGGGCGACGCGCGCUCGCCGGCGUUUGGCAACCUGAGCACGUAUGGCGAGAUGCUAAAGUUUGACCCGCGCGGCGCCGCACACAUCUGGGGCCGCCCCCAGUCUCUGGACGAGAUCAGCCAACUGUUCGAGCGCUACGUGACGGGCCAGAUCACGUCGCUGCCGUGGAACGACGAGCCGCUGCGGGCCGAGAGCGACCGGAUCCGCGAUGAGCUGGCCCGGAUCAACCGGCUCGGGUACUGGACGCUGGCGAGCCAGCCGGCGCUGGACGGGGUUAGCAGCGCCGAUGAAUUGCACGGGUGGGGCCCGCGCGGCGGGUACGUGUACCAGAAGGCGUUCAUCGAGUGCUUUGUGCCGGGCGACCGGUUCCCGGGUCGGACGCCCCGCGUGACGUACUAUGCGUCGAACAUGCGUGGCGACUUUCUGACCAACGCGUACGGCGAGGCGGCCACGGCGCUGACGUGGGGGGUGUUCCCGGGCCGCGCGGUUGUGCAGCCGACGCUGAUCGAGAAGAUCAGCUUCUUGGCCUGGCGCGCCGAGGCCUUCCAGACGUGGCGCGAGUGGAUGCAGGGCUGCGAGUUCCUCGAGAAGGUCGCCCACGAGUGCUGGCUGGUCAAUGUCGUCGAUAACGAGUACAAGAGCCCCGACGCCAUCUGGGAUCUGUUCAUCUGA